UAUAAGGUAGACUCUUGCCAAUCUAAGUGAUCGAGUGAAAUAAUAAGCGAGAACUUGUUCACUUUUCACUCUUCUGAGCUUGUAGAUCAGCCAUAAUGAGUAGAGAUCCAUUGGUCCUUGAGAGAGUGAUUGGUGAUGUUUUGGAUCCCUUCACAGGAACCACAACCCUCAGGGUUACUUAUGGCUCCUUUAUGGUCAAUAAUGGGAAGGACUUCAAACCAUCUCAAGUGGUUAACCAACCUAGGGUUGAGAUCGGUGGAAAUGAUCUUAGAAGCUUUCAUACCUUGAUUAUGGUAGAUCCUGAUGCUCCAUCUCCAAGUGAUCCAAGCCUAAAGGAAUAUCUUCACUGGUUGGUCACUGACAUUCCCGGAACCACCACUGCAAACUUCGGGGAUGAGAUGCUGUGCUAUGAGGGCCCGAGGCCAAGUUGUGGAAUCCAUAGGUAUGUGUUUAUCCUGUUCGAACAGAUAGGGAGGAAAACAGUGUAUUGCCCACCUUGGAGACAGAACUUCAACACCAGAGAAUUUGCAGAGAAAUAUAACCUCGGCUCGCCUGUUGCUGCUCUCUACUUCAAUUGCCAGAGGGAAUCCGGCUGGGGUGGCAGGAAACUCUACCUGUAGCGAGAGAUUAUUGGGUUCGGAUAUUGGAUAUAAGUUAUCAUUCGGUACUUCACAGUAUUACUCGUUACUGUUAAGUACUAAGUUCGGUACUUCACGGUACUGAAUAGUAUCAAGCUUAAUAUUGUUCGAUGCUGUGGAGUACCGAGCUCAUACAGAGCUCAGUAUCAAAUAGGGGGUGAUGUGGUGUAUUUUCAUUAGGUUCCAGACGUCAUUCGGUGUCCGAACAGAAUAAUUUCACACCUGUAGCUCUCUACCUCUUCUUCUUUUAUAUGUAUAAUGUAAUAACUAGCGGGGAAUAUUUCUCUGACUUUGUGGAAAUGAUGGUACGAGACAGGAUGGUAUUGUUGGAAAUAUUUUAUAAAUUAGCUUUAGCUGCCUC